AUGGCUCCCGGCAGGAAAAAGGGCUCCAGCUCCCGCAGCAGGAAACUCGCCGCCUUCCUCAAGGAUUUCGACCGCGAUGUGAACCGGCGGCUGGAGCAGAUGAGGGUGGACGGGGAGUGCCUGGUGAAGGAGAUGGAGAACCUGUACGACAUGGCCAUCCUGCGGCUGCCCGUGGAGAUCCGCCAGAUGAACUGGCUCGAGUACUUCGUUUUCUCUCCAGCUAAGGAAGGAAGUGGAAAAACGCUGGAGGAGGUGGCCAUGGCAGACUUGGAAAUAGCAGAAAUAGACAAGCUGACAGCAGGAGUUAUCAAYGCCCCAUUUGAAGUCAUCAAGAAAGGGGACAAACCCAAAAGGAGUGCUGAAGCCAUUGAGGAAGGAGAGCCUCCAUCGCUUCCUCUGCCAAAGAAAUCCAGACUUGACAGCCAAUGUCCUUCAGAGCCAGAGUCUGAGAAUGUGAAUCCGAGAACUACCAAGGUGAAAGCAUCCACCAAAAAACCACCCGUGGCCAGAAGACCUCCCUCAGCGAGAGUGAAGCGCUUGAGCAAGAGAUCAAGCAAAAACAGCUUUGUCACUCCAGCUAGUGGCAGAAUGGUUGAUGCGUGUGUUCGGGGAGGCACCUCCAUGCUUACACCCAGAUUUGAUUCCAG